GUGCUGUCGAACUCUGCCGGUGCGUGCGGGGCGGACCAGCUUACCCUUGAGCAUGUCCGCGGUCGAGGCCGCCGUGAGGAAAGCGGCUCCACGCCCGCUUACCGGUUUCUGCUGCGGCUGCUCACUGGACGUGGGGGUGAAGGUGAUCACCUUCUCGCACCUCGCAGUCAACGUCGCCGUGCUCCUCGCGGUUUUCAACGAUGUCGUCGGCAAGUCGUCGAAUUUCGCGAUCUGGUACGAGAACGACCUGACGCUGGCCAUGAUGCUGUCCGGAUGGACGCUGUGCGGCGUCCUCUUCUGUGUGGCCGGAUUCUGGGGCACCAUUCUCAAGUCGGAGACGAUUGUGCGUGUCUACUGGUAUUACGCAGUAGCGUGCUACAUCAUCAUGAUGGGAUUCGUGAUCAAGGACCGGUGCCCUCGCCGGCCGUAA